AUGCAGAAUUUCUGCUACCUCUACUACUUAAGGCUUAGGAACCGGAUGAAAGCAUUGAGAAAUGGUGAGAGCUCCAGACCCCAAGGGGGAACAAGGCCAGGUAUGUUUAACGAGUUGGCAAGUGGUGAAGAGGGAUCACAAGACACCAAGGAAAUCAUAGGAGACAGCAGAGCUGAGAAAACAGAAGUCCUCAGUGAAGAUCUAUUACAGAUCGAGCGGCGCCUGGACACAGUGCGGUCAAUGUGCCACCAUUCCCACAAGCGCCUGAUAGCAUGCUUCCAAGGUCAGCAUGGCACCGACACGGAGAGGAGACAUAAAAAGCUCCCUCUCACAGCCCUGGCUCAGAACAUGCAGGAGGCAUCUGCCCAGUUGGAGGAGUCCCUGCUGGGGAAGAUGCUGGAGACGUGUGGAGAUGCGGAGAAUCAGCUGGCCCUUGAGCUCUCCCAGCAUGAAGUUUUUGUUGAAAAAGAGAUCGUGGAUCCUCUGUACGGCAUUGCAGAGGUCGAGAUUCCCAACAUCCAGAAACAGAGAAAGCAGCUCGCAAAACUGGUGCUGGACUGGGACUCGGUGAGAGCCAGGUGGAACCAAGCUCACAAGUCUUCAGGAGCCAACUUUCAGGGGCUUCCAUCAAAAAUAGAUACCCUCAAGGAAGAGAUGGAUGAAGCUGGAAAUAAAGUCGAGCAGUGCAAGGAUCAGCUCGCGGCAGACAUGUACAACUUCAUGGCCAGAGAAGGGGAGUACGGAAAAUUUUUCGUUACGUUAUUAGAAGCACAAGCAGAUUACCAUAGAAAAGCAUUAGCAGUCUUAGAAAAGGCCCUUCCCGAAAUGCGAGCCCAUCAAGAUAAGUGGGCGGAGAAGCCCGCCUUCGGGACCCCUCUGGAAGAGCACCUGAAGCGCAGCGGGCGCGAGAUCGCGCUCCCCAUAGAGGCGUGUGUCAUGCUGCUCCUGGAGACGGGCAUGAAGGAGGAGGGCCUUUUCCGAAUUGGAGCCGGAGCCUCCAAGUUAAAGAAGCUGAAAGCUGCUUUAGACUGUUCUACUUCUCACCUGGAUGAGUUCUAUUCAGACCCCCACGCCGUAGCAGGUGCUUUGAAGUCCUACUUGCGAGAAUUGCCUGAACCCUUGAUGACUUUUCAUCUCUACGAGGAAUGGACACAAGUUGCAAGCAUACAGGAUCCAGACAAAAAACUUCAAGAUUUAUGGAGAACAUGUCAGAAGUUGCCACCACAAAACUUUGUUAACUUUAGGUACCUAAUCAAGUUCCUCGCGAAGCUCGCUCAGACCAGCGACGCUAAUAAGAUGACUCCCAGCAACAUAGCCAUCGUGCUGGGCCCCAACUUACUGUGGGCCAAAAACGAAGGAACGCUGGCUGAGAUGGCAGCGGCCACCUCCGUCCACGUGGUCGCCGUGAUUGAGCCCAUCAUCCAGCAUGCUGACUGGUUCUUCCCUGGAGAAAUAGAAUUUAACGUAUCGGAAGCCUUUGUACCCCUCGCCACCCCGAAUUCUAAUCAUUCAUCCCACACUGGAAAUGAUUUUGACUCUGGGACCCAGGAGAGAAAGCGGCCAGCCAGCAUGGCAGUGAUGGAGGGGGACCUGGUGAAGAAGGAGAGCUUUGGUGUGAAGCUUAUGGACUUCCAGGCUCACCGGCGCAGUGGCACUCUAAAUAGAAAGCACAUUUCCCCCGCUUUCCAGCCGCCACUCCCGCCCACAGACGGCAGCGCCGGGGCUCCCGCGGGCCAAGAGCCCUCUACCCAGAGCUCUAGGGCUGAUGGCAGCUCAGGGUGUGGGACGGUCCCCUCCACUGCGGGCACACUGGAGCAGGGCCCCAGCCCGGGCAACGGCAGUCCUCCAAAACCCAAGGACUCUGUAUCUGCAGCUGUCCCCGCACCUGGCAGAAACAGUAGUCAGAUCACCACCGGCCAAAACCAGAGCCAGGCGAGUGGCGGCUCCCAUCAGCUGGCAGUGGGCCCACCGCACAGCGCUGCUGGCCCCAGCCCUCACACGCUGCGCCGGGCCGUGAAAAAGCCCGCCCCAGCGCCCAGACAAGUUGGCAGAUCUUUCCCCAGGGCUGCGUGGACCCACAGAAAGGAGCGGUGGGGUGCAGGAGCAGGGCACACUGUGUGUCUGUCAUGGCGUGUGGGUGAGGACUCGCCGAGCCCCAAGCCUUGCCCCCUGCUGACACCGUGUCUCCCGUGUUUGUGUGUGUGUGUGUGUUUGUUUCCCACAGACACCAAUUCUAGGGUCUCCGAACCUCUUCGCCACGUCUUUCCGGAGCUGCCCUCAGAGUCAGCGAGCAGGGAGGUGCCUGGCCACAUCCUGCUGGCCAUAGACAACGACACAGAAAGCACAGCCCUGUGAGGGGCCGACACCCCCCCCCGGCCUCCGCCCUCCACCCCAGGGGAGCCGCUUGCCUUCGAGACCAAACAGCGAAAAGCUUUGCAGUGCAGGAAGAGGGCCCCAGCCACGCAGGAACUGGGCCUUCGCGGGGCCCCAGGAGAGCACCGAGGCCAACACUUGAAGCUGGAUGACCUGUGCUAGCGUCUUGAAGAAGUUGGCUUUCUUUCCCCCAGGACAGAAAUCAUGCCAAAAAAAAAAAAAAAACCCAAAAACAACAAAAAAAGACAUACAAAAAAAAAUAUCCAAACCACAAAUACCUAAAGCGGAGAGCAUUCGUUACCGCUCGGAAGUGCAUAGGAAGCUUUUGUCUGCGCUAUUUAAUAAAACAUGGAUUCUUCAGGCCACCUGCUUCCCCGCUACUCGGACUUCCAUGCUCAUUGUAUCUGGAGGAGCCUCCUCUCUCCUUCGGAUUUGCUGCCCAAUCAUCUUUUGUAUUAAGUAUGGUCUAUGUCCCCUCCUCCCAGCCCCCCCAUCUUCCCCCACCCCCAGCAGCCAUGAGUGCUGAGGGUGACAGCUGGAUCUGCCACCCUGCUGCGCUCCAGAGGACUCGGGCCUUGGAGAGUGCCAGAAUGUAGACAGAAAUGUACUGUGCUUUUU